UAAUGAGAACCGAAAUAAGGAUUUGGUGAUGGUAAGCUGAUUUUUAAUAUGAAUACGGUUGCGGACGACCAACCAGACCCUGUCGCAGGUGACGAAGAAAGUGUUAUCGAUCAUAAUGAAGUAAUUGCGUCUCAAGAGAAUUUAAUAAUACCAGAAGAACUCGAAAAAACAAAAGACGAACCAUUUGAGAAUAACGUGAACGUCGAAAUUGCUCAGACGAACUCCCAGACAUUUGAGGAAAGUAAAGUGCGAUCGGAUAUAAAUAUGACGUUUGUCGCAACAGGUGCUACUAAUGCAAUUGAUUAUGAAGAUGUUUUGAAAUCAGCAUUAGGAAAAAUUUCAGUUUUAGAUAAUGCAUGUGAAGACAAUUUACAUGGACUUUCUAUUGAAUCCAGUGCUGAACAUGGUACUGCAACAGAAAACGUAUCUUCUCAAAAUGUUGAAAAUGAUGGUAGCUAUGAUUCAGAUACAUUAGAUGGCAAGACUGAUCGGAUAAAUCCAUUCAAUUUGGCUGGAAAACAGUCAGUGAUGCCACAAUCCCCAGAACAUAAUAAAUCUAUUGGCAAAUUUAUGCCUUUGGAAAGUUUUGGGAAUGAUGAAAUAGCUGGUAGCUUUAUACAACAUGGUAAUGAUGCUACUUUUGACCAUGCAUCGGAAAUUGUCAAUGCCAAAGACGAGUCUUUUAGUAAUCAUUCUGAAAAUAAAAGUGCUUCAUCGAGUCAACACAAAGAAAUGAAAAACCAUCUUGAAAACCAUCCUUCCUAUAGUACUCCUCCAAUUGCAAGUACUUCUGAUCCAUGGGUAAAGCUGCCAUCUGAUCCUGUAACAGAGAAUGAAUCCUCGCAAAUCUCAGAAAAAGUUUCUGACUCAGAAAAUGUUCAAGAUUCAUUAUCAUCGAGUCAGAAUUCUAUCAACAACUCCGAUAUUGGUUUAAAAAAAGCGCCAGCGAUUGAAAACAGUGUUUCCCUCAAUCCCCUUGUUUUAGAUAUACCUGGACCAUGUGAACCAGAAGACUUGAUUGAAGGAAUCAUAUUUAGUGCUAAUUAUCUGGGAACAACACAGCUUGCAUCAAAUCGCAAUGCUGCAAAAAACACCAGGAUGCUUCAAGCACAAGAAGCUGUAAACAGAAUUAAAGCUCCUGACGGAGAAUCACAACCUACUGUUGAAGUCGAUUUGUUCAUCUCUACUUCGAAAAUUAAAAUUUUAAAUGCUGAUACUCAAGAAACAAUGAUGGGGCAUACGUUGCGUUCAAUCUCAUAUAUUGCCGACGUUGGUGAUCUCCUCGUUAUUAUGGCUAAACGACAUUCUUCAAAUGAUGAAAAUCCAGAUGACGAAAACGCAUCUCGUAAAGAACCCAAUAAACGCCAACGAAUUAUAUGCCAUGUUUUGUCAUCUUCAGAUUCGCAUCUCAUUGCUGAAUCGAUUGGUCAGUGCUUUAAUGUCGCUUACCAACAAUUCUUACAGAGCAAUUGUAUCGAACCACAAAAUCUAACACAAGCCGAUUUUAAUAAACUAUUAGACACUCAAGAAAUGUAUCAUGACGAUCUUGUACAUUAUUCCAAACAAGAAAAUGUGAAAGAAAUUUGGGUUGAGAAAAAAAAAGGAGAAGCAAUGGGAAUUGCUAUUGUUGAAUCAGGUUGGGGAUCUAUAAUUCCAACAGUGAUUCUAGCAAAUUUGCAACACGGAAGUCCGAUUGAAAGAAAUGGGAAGUUUAGUAUUGGAGAUCAAAUUAUGGCUAUCAACAGCACAAGUUUGGUUGGACUUCCAUUACUGACGUGUCACAGCAUCAUUAAAGGUCUUCGUAAUCAAACUCUUGUAAAAUUAAAUAUCGUUUCUUGCCCUCCCGUUGUAUCAGUGUUAAUCAAACGUCCAGAUUUAAAACAUCAACUUGGUUUUUCUGUUGACAACGGAAUAAUUUGUAGUUUGAUGAGGGGUGGUAUCGCAGAACGAGGUGGGGUACGGGUGGGUCAUAGAAUUAUUGAAAUCAAUAACCAAAGUGUGGUAGCCACUCCCCAUGACAAAAUCGUACAAAUGCUUGUUACUUCUGUGGGUGAAAUACAGAUGAAAACAAUGCCAGCUGCCAUGUAUAGACUUCUUACAGGGCAAGAACAGCCUAUUUAUUUGUAAUAUUAAUCGUUCAAAAUCUCAAUUUGUUCAUGUUCAUGUAAGCUGCAAAUCCUGCCAUAUUUUAGUAUAAAUUCUUGUUUUUACACUGCUAAGCAAGAGUCUCACUGAGGAAUAAUAGAUGCAUGAAUUGGGGCGUUAGUUUCUGAAUGUUGUUUUUAUUAAAUCUUUAUAUUUUACAGUCAAAAGGGUACGUUUUUUUUGUUACGGUAUGUAUUAGCAGAGCAGAACACAGAAUUCUAGGCAUUUAGUACUAAAUUGUUUCUUGAGAGCAAAUAUUUUAACCCGUAUUUUGAUCUAAAUGUUAAAAAUGAAAAUACCAAAUAUUAAUAAAUAUAAAUUGUCAGCUCAGUUUCAUGAGAAUCUAUUAUUAUAAAUAUCACAGUAUUUUGUUGUUGGCAACUUGAUAGAAUAUAUUUUUUAAUCGUUACCCAUGUAGAUCUUUGCUUAACAGAAUCUAUGGAAUUUCUAGUUUCCUUACCAAUAUUAUCACUCUGGAUUACUUGAAAUUCUCUUUAUUUUAAUUAUAUCGAUCAAAUCGUUCUAAUUGUUUUGUUAAUACCAUCAUUGUGUGCCACUUAUAUUUUUAUUUCAAUCAAUGGUAUGAUUCAAGGAAAGUUCCCUGUCAAAAUACCUGCCAAAUAUGAACUAGACUUGGUAUUCCAGAAUUCUACCUUGCAAUUAGUUUUGUAAAAUAUUUAAAAUCAAUUUGAUGCAAAGCAUGAUUCUGCUGCAACCCCAACAAGCAGAGUAUUUUCUGUUGUUAAAUAGAGCUUCGUUGAUUUUUCAAAUUUUGAUUUUUGUUUGACCUAUUGUACUGUAAAGUACAGACCCAGGUUCAAAGGGAGAAAGGUCUCUUAAUAUGAAAAUACUAGAUGUAUUUUUGACUGGAAAAAUUUGCUAAUGAGUUUUAAAGCUUUUAUUUUAAAAAAUUAGUUGAAAAAUGUUUACUGCAAUUGCGUUUGAAGCUUCUCUAAUAUUCAGUAUUAUUUUGUGCCAACUAAUAUGCGUUCUCAAUAAUGUAUGAUAUUUUUUUCUUUUGAUUAGAGCACACCGUUUUUAUUUCAUGACAUAGACCACAUUCAAUAUCUCCAUUGCUUGAAAUGCUUGUAUGGUACACGUUUUUAUUUUUUAAAUCUCGAUUUUUUUGAGGCGAAUGUUUAGUUAGAUUUAUUUCAGCUGUACUUUAUACAGUAAUAUUCAAAUAACACUUUGUUAUUAUAUUGUAAACUAUUAUUGAAUAUUUCCAAAAACAGAAUAUUAUUUAGAUAAAAGUACUGUUGAGCUAUUUCAACAAUCUUGACUUGUUUCAAUUCCCAAUUGUGUUUAAAAUUGAUUUGGCGCUCAGUUUCACUUAAUGAAAUUCAAUUUGCAUCUUAAAUUAAUUUACAUAUAAAACAUUUUGGAAAAUAGACAGAUUAAAAAUUGUGAUCCGGUUUCUGGCUAUGUGCAAACCUUGUUACUUAAUGUAGAUAUAUUAUCUUUGUGUAUUGUAAUGAACAUAUACUGGUAUAAGAAUGACUAUCAUAUCAUAUACUUUAUGUGAAAAAUAAUCCCAUACUUCAAUAGAAGGGUAUUUUUAUGUUCUCAACCUGUUUCUUCUCUUCAAAUAUGUACUUUACAAGUACAACUUAUCAACCAAUGAAAAUAUAUAUAUUGAUAUUUAUUGUAAUCUGAAGGAUAUCGUACGAUUCUUGUAUCUAAUGAUUGUGAUCUAAAUAUGAACUAUUUUUAUUGCUGUGCGUAACCACUGCAUGUUUAUGUUGCAUUUUUAUGUAG